AUGUAUGUACCUAUUUGUGUUGAGUUUUGUCUUAUUCCGCAGAUGCAAGUGUACAACAAGAAAGAAAAAUAUUUCAAAUACAUUGAAAAACAUUCAACAGUUUUCGGUUUUCUUCUAUAUCUGAUUGGACUGAUAUGGUUUUGUCUUUUGUCUCAAGAUGAGCUCAACUAUAAAACUUAUAUGAGUGAGAAUGCCCUACUUAUUGGUCAGGUGAAUGAAAUCUUUGAUGAUGUUUCUUCCUCUGUUGAAUUUUAUGAAGAAUCUAAGAAGGCAUUUAAAUCUAAUGAGAUUAUUGGUUUAAAACAAUGGUUAUCUAUACAGCUUAACACAAUCGGUCUAGAAGUUUAUUCGCAGAAUUUCAGUUUCUCUCAUGAUAUACUUUCGCCUUUAAAGUCAAUUAAUGGAUCGAAUUUAUACGGCAUUAUGAGGUCACCAAGUGGUGGUCGAACUGAAGCACUUGUGAUUAUUACGUCAUUAGGUGAUAAUCCAACUUAUUUUGGAAGUCUUGCUUAUGUUUUAUCCCUGAGUAAACUGUUCAGAAAUCAAAUACACUGGGCUAAAGAUAUAAUCUUCCUGUUUCCGGAAUAUGAAUAUAUUGGUUUGAUGGCAUGGCUUGAAGCUUACCAUGGGACCAUAAAUUCAGACAAUCUCUUGUGGUCAGAACUUGAGGGUAGAAGUGGUAGUAUUCAAGCUGGUUUAAGUUUGGAAUUCCCUAAUUUGUACCAGUCAGCAAUUGAUAUAUUGCCUGAAGGUCCUAAUGGUUUAUUAGCUAAUUUGGACUUAGUAAACACUGUUGUUCGACUAGCUGAAGCCCAUUCUGUGGUAACACGUGUUAAUAGUCAGCCUUAUGAUUAUAGACGGGUUACACUUGGAACUAGAUUAAAUGAUAUGAUGGGGCUAAUGAAGGCAGUAUGGAAUCAAGGAUCAAAUUCUCCAACUGGUUUACAUGGUCCUCUAAUUAAUUAUCAAAUUCCUGCUAUUACAUUACGGGCAGAACAGAAACACCGAUCCACAGUUCCACGUAGUUCAGAAGUUCUUUCAGUUACAAGAUUACUUGAAGGUAUUCUUCGUUCGAUAAAUAAUUUACAAGAAAGAUUUCAUCAAUCAUUUUGGUAUUAUUUUCUCCCUAAUCCAUAUCGAUAUAUUUCAAUUGGUGUUUAUAUGCCACCAGUUUUGAUCAUGAUUUUAAGCCUUUUAUUAAAGCCAGUUCUCUUUUGGAUAUUAUUAAAUCAAUCCGAUUCGGAUAAUAAUAAUGAUGAUGAUGAUCAAAUGAUGAUGAAUAAAAAAAUAGACUCGUCUAUAUUAACCAAUUCUAAUUCAUCUCAAUUAGAUAAUUAUCAUAUUGAGAAAUUAGUCGAUGAUAAUACUCAAUUAAUUAAUAAUGACCAAACAAUUCGUCAGCGUGAUCAAAAAAAGUCAAUCAUUGAAAAAAAAUCGAUUGUGAAUGAAAGAAAAAAUGAUCAAAAUGAAAAACAACUUGAAUCUAAUUCACCGUUAUACUCUAGCGCUACUCCUCCAUAUAUACUAUGCUUAAUUGUGCGUCUUACUUUAUGCUUUUCUACGGGAUUUUUAUUGCAUUCUUCACCUAAGUAUUUAUUUAAGUUAUCCAACUUAAUAUUAGUUGGCAGCCAAUCAAUCAAUUCCACUUUUAAGUUGGUUGAUAUAUUUCUAAUCGGUAUUACUACUUUAAUAAUUGCCGUCAUGAUUGUUUUACCAAUCCUUAUGCUUAUCAUAAAAAAACUUUUGAAUUUAUAUGAGGCAGAUAAACAAGAUCUUACCGGCCAGUUAUGUCUUUUUAGUUGGGCAUUAUUUUUAAGUUGUUUGACAUGCUUAAAUAUAUCAUCAGCUGUUGUUCUCGGUAUUCCAAUUGUUCCUCUGUUAAACUUAUUUGUACAGAGAAAAGAUAAUAUCGAAAUUAAAAAAUCAUUUACAAUGAAACUAGUAAAAUGUUUCACUAUCAUUGGCUGGUUAAUUACAUUUACACCGAUAUUAAUUAUUGUAAUGUGUAUCAUCAAUUCUAGAAUUCAACAACAACAUUAUCCAAUAAGUGUAAAUGCUGUUCGAAAUUGUUAUGAAAAAUGCAUUUUACAAAGUUUGAUUGAAGCAGAUUUAUUUGGUUGUUGGACAUGGCCAGUUAUUACAUGUGGAUAUACAUCAUUAUGGUUAUUAACAUGGUUAGCUAUUUUCUGA